AGAACCAAAAAAACCCUAAAAUUAAACCUCCUUUCGAAAAACCUAUACCUUCAUCAUCAUGUCAACCUCCAAAACCCUAGAUAAUAGCAAACACUUUGAAACAUCCCAAACUCAAAUGGGUUUUGCUCUAAUCAACCAAAACACAACCAACGCAACCACCGCUACCACCGGCGAGAGACGAGGCCGGAGAUCAAAGCAAGCAGAGCCAGGGAGGUUCCUAGGAGUCAGGAGACGUCCAUGGGGUCGUUACGCAGCUGAGAUUAGAGAUCCAACAACCAAAGAACGUCACUGGCUCGGCACUUUCGACACUGCUCAUGAGGCCGCUCUUGCCUACGAUAGAGCAGCUCUUUCAAUGAGAGGCACUCAAGCUCGUACUAACUUCGUCUACACUCCAAAUGACGUUCACACCAUCCUCACAAACCCUAAUCUCCACUCUCUCAUAGUCUCUCCUUACAAUAACCAAUCUUUAUUACAAAACUCUUCUCCACAGUUUGUCAUUGAUCACCAUCCUCAUUAUCAAAACUAUCAGCAACCUAAACUUUCUCUCCCCCAAACCGUCUUACCCGCUGCUUCUUUUAAAACGCCCGUUCGUCAUCAAAACGCUGAUAUUCAAGCGUUUGGUUCUAGUCCUCAAAACUCCUCUUCGAACGGCUCGUUAUCUUCUUCACUAGAUGAAGAAAAUAACUUCUUCUCGUUAGAAGGAAGUAACUCCAGUAACAACUCGGGUUACUUGGACUGCAUUGUCCCAAACCAUUGCCUUAAACCACCUCCUGAAACCACCACCAUCCAAAACGAAAGCGGAGCUGGUUUCACAACUCCAGCAAGCAAGGCUUCAGAGUCAUACGAAGGGUUUAGUAAUAGUUACUUCCAGGAUGUUGAUAUGAUGAUGGAGUUUGGUUCGUGUGAUCUCUCUGCCAUGAUCACUAACUAUGGUGCUGGUACUUCCAUGUCAAUGGAAGAUUACGCAAUAAUGGAGCCACAAAACUUUUCUUCUUCUUCUAUCGCUGCUUUCGGAGAUGUUGUUGCAGACACUACAGGCUUCUACUCACUCUAUUAG